AAUCGAGUGAAUCACGGCUAUCACUGCGACCUAUAAAGCUUGGGUAUCAGCUGGAGCGGGCCAGUGACGGCCAGCUGGAGUUGCUGGACAUGGCUGGAGUCUCUGCAGUGCCCGUCGCGCCCGCAUGGCUGGGCGCGGUGGUCUUGUGCGUGGCCGGCGUGAUCCUGGGAGUCAGCUCAGAGCCUCACGGCGUGCUGCUGCGCAAAGGUGAUGGUGCUCCGUGGGGCCAAUACUUUAGCCCUGGAUUUGGGGGCUACUACACUAUGGACGACUUUCGCCCGGAGCCAGUAGUGCACGUGGUCCAGCCAGCCCUUCCCGUGUCUUACGAGAUGCUGGAGGACGAACAGCAACAAGUCCUCCAAGGGCCUGACUACGGACAGGCUCACCUCGGGCCUGAUUACGGUCAGAGUCACCAAGGACCUGAUUAUGGCCAGAGUCACCAAGGACCUGACUACGGCCAGAGUCACCAAGGGCCUGACUACGGCCAAAGUCACCAAGGGCCUGACUACGGCCAAAGUCACCAAGGACCCGACUACGGGCAGGUGACGCAGGGUCCGGAUGUGAGUCAAGAGACGCAAGGCCCAGACCUGGGACAAGUUACUCAGGGCCCGGAGCCGGGGCAGCAGGAGACGCAAGGUCCCGACCUCGAGCAGUUCACCACUCCGACCUACCACCCUAGGCCGGACGUCCCGGACACGCAGUCGACGAACGGACCAGACGACGUGCAGCAGUACACCACGCCGUAUCCCACGGAGGCGUACCCCACCACGCCGUACCCGACGGAGGCGUACCCCACCACGCCCUACCCCACGUACCCGACCACCGAUUACCCCACGACUACUGACUACGUACACCCCACCACCUGGCGACCCCGCCCUCAACCCUCGUCUUGCCAAGCCAACCCGGCGGCCGCUGGCUACCGGCCUGGUACCAAGCUCAUCUGCACCGUAGAGGCAUGCCCCUCCCCAGGCGGCGUCAAGGGCGGCGUCAAGGGCGGCGUCAAGGGUGGCGUCAAGGGUGGCGUCAAGGGUGGUGUCAAGGGCGGUGUCAAGGGUGGCGUCAAGGGCGGCAUCAAGGGCUACGGGGGUUACCAUGACAGCCUAGGUAUCGGCGUCCACAUGGGCAUCGGCGGCAGCCACAGCCGCGGCACGACCCUGGUCUGCAGACCGUUCGAUGGGUGCGAUGAGCCGCUGCAGACGACAGAGGCCCCCCAGUACACAACGCCCGGGUACACCGAACCAGCCUACACCACUCCGGGGUACAUCGUGCCCGAGUACACGACCUCUGAGCCGGAGGUGGAUACGACGCAGGGGUACACGACACAAGGGUACAUCGUCCCCGAGUACACGACUCUGGAGCCCACCACGGUUCCGCCGCCCCCGCCUCUCCCGACCAUGCCCCCGGGUGUCAAGGGAGGCGUCAAGGGCCACCGAGGCGACGUGGGAGUCAAGGGCGGCGUGCAGAUGAAGUGGGAGCCGGAACCUUGGUCCGAGGGAAUAAAGGGCGUCAAAGGUGUCAAGGGAAGGCGGCCUGGCGCCUCAGCCAACGUCCCUGCAUACGGCGGCUACCUCGACCAGUGGGGCGGCGACGUCGCCGACAUGCAGUGGGGACUCAAGACGAGCCCCCGUCGCCCACCGGCGGGCGUCAAGGGCAUCAAGGGCGUGACGGACGACACUCAGCAGCACGUCAAGGGUCAGGGUCGCUCCAGGCGGCCCGGAGGCUACCAGUUCGGAGGCUGGGGUCACCAGGAUUACCAGGGCGCGCAGGGUGAGCAAGGCGAGCAGGCAGGGUUUUACAUCCUCUGAGGGAACGACGACCGACGACACACACUACGCGCGUCCUUCUCAUGAAAAAUUGUGUGAAAUGCUGUAAGAUUUUUAAGUUAUUAAUUUAUUUAUUUCCUACUAA